AUGAACGAGGAUUCUUGCAACGGCUGCCCACCCGUACCACCGGAGAUUGUCAGCUGGCUCUCCCAUGUCCUCGCGUCUACUAACGGUAUAUGCUAUGCUCCCUCGAUGGGACAUCAAACACCCCUAAUUGUCACUCUGGAUGAGAUCCGAAACGCCAAAGACCUAUGCCCUCGCAGCAUGGGCGGCUGGAAAAUCCUAGUAAUCAACCCCUCAACCAUAUUGAAGGUCGGGCCUAUGGUUCGGAUGGGAGAAGCGGAAGCUCUCUGCCUCGUCAGGGAAAGGACCUCAGUACCUGUUCCUAAAGUAUUCAAUGCCUAUACUAUCGGCGGUGUUGGGUUCCUUGUGAUGGAGAAGGUUCCAGGAAUUCCUCUUCUUCAAGGGUUCAUACAGGAGUGGCGCCAGAUUGAUGGGCCACUGUUUGGAUCUGUUGAUGGUGGCCCAUGUGAAGAUGUCUUCUUUAAGCAUUCGUGGGUUGCAAAGUUUCGUUAA